AUGGUGUAUGACAAUUCAAAUUCCUGCCCACCAUCGCCAGAACUCACGGCCUCCUUGGCGGAUAGAAGUAUUGUGGAAUUUCUCACUCCUUCUGAUGGAGUUGUGAUGAGGGAUCAUACUGGUAUUUUGCUUGAUGGCAUUACACAUUGUUUCCAAUCAUUAUCAGCUGUGCAGGCUGAAUGUCAUGCGAUCCGGAGUGGAUUGGAGAUGGCAUAUGUACGAGGUUUCACCAAUGUUAUUGUGGAAACUGAUUUCAAGGUUUGUUUUGCUGCUGUCCAAGAAGAUAUUUCUGUCUCAAACUGGACUCUUUACCCUAUUCUCUAUGACAUUAGAAUGCUAAAAGUUUCAUUCUCUUCUCUCCGGUGGGCAUGGACUACUCGAGACGCAAACCAUGCAGCUGACUGGGUGGCUUCGCAAGCACGAAGGGGGUUGUGUGCUGAGGCUUGGGUCAUUCGACCUCCAACUGCCCUGGUCUACAUACUUUCACGGGAUGGAUUACCUUGCCCACCGAACUAG